AUUUUGGAGUACAAGAAGCACGUAAAGGCAUCAUCAUCAUCAUCACUGGGAUCCAGUGAAGCACCAGCAGGAGUUGCAGGACCUCGGGGUUUGUGUGCCGCGCUCAUCUCCUGCUGCUUUGUCUUGACUCCUGACACUGAGCGCAGUGGUCAGUACUGUGGUUGGUCAGUGGUGGACUGCGACCACCAGCUGCAGCUCAUGAGUCUCUCUGGAUCCAGUGGCACGCAGGAGCGAGGCAGCGCAGUACAUCACUGUGAACAGAGGCGGCGCUCCAGCGACCGCUCACGUGACUCCUCCCACGAGAGAGGAGAGAGUCAGCUGACGCCGUGUAUCAGAAAUGUCAUGUCCCCCACUCAGCAGCAUGACCGUCAGCGUGGUGAUGGAGGCUCCUCCUCUCCAUCGUCCAGUCCACGCCCUCCCACAGUUUCUGUGGUCAGGGGACAAAGUCCUCGGGUGCCGGGCGUCUCUGGAGUGGACGUGAGCUGCAUGUCUGAGGCGAGCAGUAAAGAUGGACAUCGCGGCGCAGCACGGAGCACAGACAGAGUCACUCUGAUUGUAGACAACACCAGAUUUGUGGUGGAUCCCACCAUUUUCACCGCUCAGCCCAACACCAUGCUGGGCAGGAUGUUUGGUUCUGGGCGAGACAACAACUUUACUCGCUCUAAUGAGAAAGGAGAGUUUGAUGUGGCGGACGGCAUCAGCUCCACCGUCUUCAGAGCUGUGCUGGAUUACUACAAGUCGGGGAUAAUCCGUUGUCCUGAUGGUUUUUCCAUUCCUGAACUGCGGGAGGCGUGUGACUACUUCUGCAUCUCCUUCAACUCCAGCACCAUCAAGUGCAGAGACCUCAGUGA